ACAGAUAUAUAUUGCUUAAACCGAUGAGUUACUACGAAACUAUUAAAAGUAAUAAAUCUGUCUGGACCAUCCAUUUCCUUACGAGACGAGAUUGGCAAAAUAUUCGACCCCGGUUAUGCUGGCAGUAAGGACUUUAAGAUCUGGCCAUUUUGGCUGUGUGCUGAAGCAGUUGAAUGGAAAACACAUUUCAGUUCCUGCCAGGCUGUCUUCAUCUGUCGUUGAGCAGGUGAAGAACUGGGAGACAGCCAAUGAAAGAUAUUUUGGCCCCGAGAGAGAUGUCAAGAAUUUUCCUCAUCCAGCCAUGUUGGACCAACCAAAGGCUGUCAAAUUUGGCUUUGUUCCAGCUUCAUGGUUUGAUUUUCUUUAUCCCAAAACUGGUUUCACAGGUCCAUAUGUCCUUGGGGCUGGUUUGUUGGCCACUGUAAUGUCCAAGGAAAUUUGGGUUAUAGACCAUGGUUUUGCUGAUGUAAUAGGAUUUACUGGCGCCUUCCUUUUCCUCGUUUACAAAGUUGGUCCUGGUAUGGCUAAAUUUUUAGAAGGCAAGCAACAGAGAAUCUAUGAGGAGACCUACACUAAACCAAUAGCUAAAGCUAAAGAGACCUUCGUUGAUGAAAUAAAAGAGUGUAAUGAUGCCAUCUGGAGUCUUGAAGGACAGAAAUAUUUGUUUGAAGCUAAAAAGGAAAAUGUUGGUCUUCAGCUUGAAUCAGCUUAUCGCAAAAGAUUAAACAAAGUCUACACAGAUGUGAAGAGUCGAUUGGAUUAUCAUGUAGCUGUUGAGAAUACUAAGCGCAGGUUUGAACAAGAACACAUGGUGAACUGGAUUGUUAGCAGUGUAGUGAAGAGCAUAACCCCUCAACAGGAAAAAGAGAGCAUCAAGAAAUGUAUUGCAGAGCUGAAGACUUUAGCUGCUGCUUAAACUUGUCAAUUAGUGGAUGUUACCAGCGAAGUUACUGCAAUUGGGGGUGGGAGUGAUUAGGUUAAGUAGAUUCUCUGGUCACCAGACUUGUUUGUCUACAGAAGAUUUUCUAUCAAAAAACGAAAUUAGAGAUGUAAUGAUAAUAAAUAUACAAAAAAAA